AUGAAUACAUUUUACGGUGAAGCCAGAAAUAGUGGGUCCCCUUUCUUCUUACGAGCAUUAGCAGGUGGGGUAACAUCAGCUGGUCAGCGAAAUAUUAAGCUUAUUGCCGAUCUUGUCAGAAGUAAAAGGUUCAGUGACAUUGAUGAGACAGAUAGAAUAUUUGGGACAUAUAUGGGACAUAAAGAAUGUUUUCAGAAAUGUGAUGAGGCAUAUGACAAUGGUAUUGGGAUCUCGAAAGAAGAAUAUUGGUCUAGAAUGGUGAACAUCUCUAUGGGAGUAAUAGAAAAACUUCGUGAUGAAGUUAAUAACUUUCUCAGAAAUGAUAAUGAAUCAUCUUAUCUCAAAAUGGCGUAUAGGAAAGUCUUAUUUCCAGUA